UGUCAAACUUUUGACAUUUCGACAGCGUGAUGGUUCCUUAAACUACUGUCUUUUGCUGUUAUAAGUACGAAAUUACAUAAAUUUUUUUUAGAAUUUUGUUUAUUAGUAUUCUCAACUAAAUUUAAAGCAAAAGUUACUGGCAAUUUAUUAACAAUGUACAAAAUCUUGGCGGCAUCUCGUGGCACAUAUAGCCGGAUGGUACACGGAUAUGGUUACUGGCGAGGACUAAAUCAUCAGCGUUACUAUUCGCAACCAAGUAGAAGACCGGGAUUUUUUUCGCAGUUCAUUGAUAAUAUCAAAUCGGAGAUGGAUAAGAAUAAAGAAAUGAAAGAAAAUAUAAAGAAAUUCAGGGAAGAAGCGCAGAAAUUAGAACAAUCUGAAGCUCUCCAAUCGGCAAGACAAAAGUUUAACAUCGUUGAAUCUGAAGCACACAAAUCUUCGAACAUUUUAAAAGAGCAAAUAGGGAGUAUUAAAGAAAAGGUCAGCGAUGUGUUCGACGAAGCCAGUAAAUCAGAUAUUGCAAAGAGAGCAACCAAAAUAUCUGAAGGAAUAUCGAAAACUGCGAAAGGUGUCUCUGAUACUAUUACAGAGAAAAGUGAGAAAAUAGGACAAACAUCGGCUUUUCAGGCUAUUUCAACAACAACAGAAAUGAUAAAACAAGAAAUAGAAUCACAAAGCAUAAAUUCUAGGGUCUAUCGUUCGCCCCAAAAAUUGCGGAAACGUAUAGAAGUUGAAUAUGCCAAUGAUGAAAGAGUGGUCGAGCCUAAUGCUGAUGCUACAGGAGUUGAACUACAUAAGGAUUCAAAAUUCUAUCAAUCGUGGGAAAAUUUUAAGAACAACAAUGCGUAUGUAAAUAAAGUGCUUGACUGGAAGCUAAAAUACGAUGAGUCUGAGAAUCCUGUGAUACGAGCAUCUCGUAUCUUGACUGAUAAAGUCUCCGACGUUAUGGGUGGACUUUUUUCUAAAACAGAGCUGUCAGAAACUCUGACCGAACUUUGUAAAAUUGAUCCAAGUUUUGACCAAAAACAAUUUCUUCGAGACUGCGAAACUGAUAUCAUACCAAACAUUCUAGAAGCAAUGGUGCGGGGAAACUUAGAGAUUUUAAAGGACUGGUGCUUUGAAAGUACAUACAAUAUUAUUGCUACACCAAUUACUCAAGCAAUUAAGAUGGGUAUGUAUUUGGAUUCGAAGAUUCUUGACAUUGAAAAUAUAGAUUUGGCGAUGGGUAAGGUAAUGGAACAGGGUCCAGUUCUGAUAAUUACCUUUCAAGCCCAGCAGAUUAUGUGCGUGCGGAACAGUAACCAUCAAGUAAUAGAAGGCGAUCCUGAUAAAGUCAUGAGGGUAAAUUAUGUAUGGGUCCUCUGCCGAGACCCAAAUGAGCUGAAUCCAAAAGCCGCUUGGCGACUUAUGGAAAUCUCUGCAAAUAGUCAAGAGCAAUUUGUAUAAUAGUAUGUUUUAUAUUAGCGGAUUCUUGUUAUUACUUAGUUACGUUUAUUGCUCCAAACUUUAUAUAGAGCAGGAUGCAAAGGGAAUGAUCAAGCUAAGCAUUUGUUCCCCCAAUAAGGGAGGUUUUCUGUUUUCGGUUGCAAAGAGUUAUCUUAACAUUUCGACAUGCCAUACUUGAAGAAAAGUUUGGAAAACACUUUGCAAAUAAAAAUGGAGAGCAUAUAGAAAUGUACAUAUAAUAUAAGAUGUUGCUGCAAUAAUCGGUGAGUUGAGCGUUAAAUUUUAAGUUUAGUACUUAAGAAUGUCAAGCCUUUGUACAUAAAUGACUUAUUUAAAAAAAAAUAAUAAUAAAAGAAAGUAAAAAUCA